GAGAGAGAGAGAGAGAGAGAGAGAGAGAGCCAGCUCGAAAGAAUCACAGAUCGCCCAUGGGCUGCUCUGGGAUCUUCAGAAUCUGACACGGCAGCAUCACACACCCAGGAGACUAGCAGAUACGCCAUAAUUCUCUUUCUCCGGCGAACCAAACAUAGAAACAAACAAAUAAAAAAGUCUCCUCCGACGAUGUCAAGCACGGUUUGACUUUCCAACAAAGGAGCUCAGAUUCACCGCAUCAAUGCCAGUUGGAAAAGGAAUUUCGGCUUAAAUAAGGAGAGGGUCAAAGCCUCUACUUUACUUAAAAAGGGCUUCUGGUAUAUCGCGAAAGCUUGGUGUUUGGCGUGGCGGAAAGUGUUUUCCUUUUUCCGUGGGGAGAAUAUGAUUUUCCGGGGAAGUUCAUGGGCAGAGGUGAGUGUAAGCAAAAUUGUGGGAACUGGGAAGAUUGUAAAAAAGGGAGUGAGUGAAAGGGUGCGAAAUUAAAUGACAUAACUCAGGCUAUUAAUUAGUUGGCUGUUUCUUGCUCUUCCAUCUCUUUCUCUUUCUCUUUCUCUGUAUUUAAUGGUAUUAACUGCUACCCUCCUUCCAGUUGACCUUUAUUAUGCUUUUCCAGAUGAGGGCAAAUAUAUAAAUGAAUAUUUGUUACACCUUUGCCCCUCCCUCUUCUCUCUCUUUCUCUAAACCUCCGUUUGCUACAGGCGUGGAGCUCUUUCAUCCCCUUCAUCUUCACGCCGGCUUGGGCUUUGAUUGAUUCUCUUUUAUUACUAUCACUUUAAUUAAACCCCGGAGUGCCUUUCUCUCUCUCUGAUUCUCUACCACAUAAGUGAGAGUUGGAGGGGAUUGUCUGCUGUGGUGUGAGACAGAGAAAGGGUUGGUUCCUUCUUGAGCUGAUCUUACAGGGUCGUUUAGUUGCUUGCAUCUACCAGAAUUGUUGUAGGUGUGAAAUAUCAAAUACAGUUGCUCCGGAAAUUUCUCCCAUCUUUCCCAGUCCAUGUAAACGAUGAAAUUUGUUUUCACUGGCAUUCCAAAUUUUAAUGUAGUUGCAGAUAGUGAACAAGUGUUUUGCCAUUCAGCUCUUGGCCAUAAGCCCCGACCUUUUGAAUACAAUGACAAUGCUCUGGACUCUGACACAAAGUCGGGAAACCUGAUCAUGAAGGAAAACUUAAAGCACACUGAGAAAGAUGCACUACGCCUACCAUAUGCCAUAAAUGACGGAGAUGGUUGGACUGCUAUAGAAUUUGACUGUUCUAUGGGCAUGGAUGAUUUAAAAAAUGAAAACAAAGAUGAGGUCAGAGACAUUGUUGCAUCACGUACUUAUUCUUCCAGAAAAACAGGAUCAUUUGAUGAGGACUCAGAUUUUGUUAUGGACAAAGGUGUUAAGGAGUGUGAACUGCCAGAAUUGACAGUUUGCUACAAAGAGAGUAUUUACCAUGUUGUCAAAGACAUCUGCAUUGAUGAAGGAGUGCCUUCUCAGGAGAAGAUACUGUUUGAGAGUGGUUCAGAUGAGAAAACUGUUUGUAUUGAUCUGCCUCUUGAGAAGGAUCAAACCAAAGAAUCCGUGAAAGAAAAAGAAGAUAUUAAGAUGUCCACUCCAGAUGGAUUACAGAUUUCAGCAGAAAAUGAUUCUAACAAGGAUUCUGCUAAUCAAUGUGAUUCGAAGGAUUUAAUGCAGACAAGGGAAGGUGCCACUGAUAGUAUUGCAACUAAUUUCUCUGAAGAGAUUUUUUUGCCCGGAAAUAAACUUCCAGUGCUAGAUAUGGGCACAUAUACUUCCCACUUCAAGUCUUCAAACAAUGACAGCAAUAACGUUGAACAACAACCCUUUCAGGUCUCUACUGAAAAAGCAAUCUUGGCAAGCCCUGCUUUGGUUUCUGCUGCAGAAGAAUCAAACGAUAGCAGUGGGGAUUCAAUGUUGGCAAACACAACAUUGGUUUAUGCAACUAAAGAACCAAAAAUUUGCACUGGGGAUCCAAUGUUGGCAACCCCUGCUUUGGUUUCUUCAGCUGAAGAAUCAAAAAAUAACAGUGAGGAUGAAAUGUUGGCAAGCCCUACUCACGUUUCUUCAUCUGGGGAAUCAGGCAAUGGCAGUCCUGUGAAUGAGUUAGUUUACAAUAGCAAGGUUGAAAACGGAAGCAUCACCUUUGAUUUUGACUCUUUAGCACCCGCAGCUAGCAGCAGAGAGGAGCGUCUUGCAAUCGGUGACAGUGAAUGUCUUGAAACUCAAAUUACAUCAAAGCUUGAAGAGGGCAUUCCUGAUGCUCAUACAGUUUCAAGGCAACUUCAACGCGGUCAGGGAGAAACGAGUUUUUCUGCAGUAGGUCACGGAGAGGAAAGUUUCUCUGCAGUAGGUCGUCCUUUAGGAAGUCUUAUAAAUUACUCCGGGCAAGUAGCUUAUUCUGGCAGUGUCUCUCUUCGAUCAGAUAGCAGCACAACCAGCACGCGUUCCUUUGCCUUUCCCAUAUUACAGUCUGAAUGGAAUAGCAGUCCAGUUAGAAUGGCAAAAGCUGAACGGAGGCAUUUCCGGAAGUGUAGAAAUUGGGGGCAGAGCCUUCUUUGCUGUAGAUUCUGAUUGUUUCUUUUUCUAUCCUAGGUUUAGUUAGAAUCUGAUUUAUACAUGAACAAGAAUUUUAUUUUAUUGAGUAUGAUAAAUAUAUAUACAUCCUCUUCUUGUUGUGGUU